AUGUUCAAGUUGUCAUCGAAUUUCCGUGAAAAACUCGAAGGCAAACAGAAAAAGGAAAAAUGGCAAUUAUUCAACGCCACAGACUUUCAAUCCCUGAUGUAUCCUUGCUUCACUUUCUGUCGUAUUCUUGGAAUAUUUUCAUACAAUAUCAACGCUUCAACUUUCAAAACUUCAAAACAACGUUACAUUCUGUCAACUGUCAUUACUUGCGCUUCUGGUAUUUACGCACUAAUAACGCUGUUCGACUUUUCCUUAUUUGGAAAAACAUUUAAUAUGUUCAAUUUACCUGGGAUUCUUGUGAACAGCUGCAACCGUAUGUUUGGUAUUUUCAUAAUAAUCGUCACGUUCAUUCUAAGCGGUUCACGAAUGCGUUUGCUUCAGAUUAUAUUGAAGAUUUCCUCAAGACUACCAUCAGAAUCCUAUCGAAAGCUAUCUAGACUAAUUCACACUAAGGAUAUCAUCGGUUCUCUUUAUCUACUUGGGCACAUAUUUGUGCUUAUUCUCAAGUCGGAUGAACCAAUGGUUGUACAAUUGGAAUUUUUAAUUCAAAUCUAUAUCUAUCUAGUGGUAUUUCAGAUGGAUAUGUUGUACAUGAAUUGUGUUUGUGUAUUAAGAGCGUGUUUUAAAAGAAUCAAUGACAAUCUAGCGUACAUGAAAAGAGUCCUAGCAAAUAAUGAGCCACAUAUUUCUAGACUGAAUUAUCAUGACCAAGAAAAUCAUUUUUUGAUCAUGGAGCUCAAAGCUCUGAAGAAGCACCAUUUGGUGAUCAAUGAUACAGUGCAGAUGCUGAAUACGAUCUUCAGUUUACAGUUACUUGCUACAAUAGUCAUAACUUUCUGUGAUAUCACUGGCCAUCUGUACUAUUAUAUAUUAUUGAGAAAACGUUUUUUCGAAAACUACACUUUGGACAAUACACUGUAUCACGUAUAUUUUUCUUCAAAGAUGGUAUAUGACUUUACAAAAAUAGCUUUGGUAGUGUGGGCCUGUGAAACGGGCAAUAGUCAAAGUUUACAAAUCAGUACUUCUAUCUACGAUGUAUUUAAUAACACCGCCGACCAGCAAAUAAAAAAUGAGGUAGUAUAA